AACCCUCUCCUCACUUUUCAAUUUCACUCGAUCAUGUCGACACCGAUCGAGCCCGCGCAGAACCGCCGCGAGGUGUUUGCCAACCUCGAUCAGGCCACGUUCUCCAAGGCGCAUCUCCGUGCGAUGCUUGUCGCUGGCUCUGGUUUCCUCGUCGACUCGUACGACAACUUUGUCAUUGGCCUCAUUGUGCCCAUGAUUGCGUGGGAGUACUACCACCAAGGCAGUCUUCCGUCGUCCCGCGCCGAUGGCUGGGUCAAGGCCGCGUCGUCGUGGGGUAACGCGGUCGGUCAGCUCUCGUUCGCCGUCCUCGGCGAUAUCCUCGGCCGCAAGAAGGUGUACGGCAUUGAGCUCAUCAUCUUGAUUUUUGGUGCGCUUCUCUGCGCGCUCGCUGUCUGGCCCAUCAACGGCGAGGCCGACAACGUCCUCAUCAUGCUUGCCGUCUGGCGCUUCAUCUUGGGUAUCGGCGUCGGCGGUGACUACCCCGUCUCGGCCGUCAUCACGAGUGAGUUUGCGUCCAGCAGCCGCCGCGGUCAGUUCAUCGCUGCCGUCUUUGCGAUGCAGGGUUUCGGUAUCAUUCUCGGCGCCGGCAUGGCCGUGCUCGUCCUCGCCGUUUUCAAGACCAGCAUCGUCGAUGAUGGCGCUGUCAACCUCGGCUACUGCUGGCGCAUUCUGGCCGGUUUCGGUGCGAUUCCCGCUUUGGCUGCUGUCUACUGGCGCCUCCGCAUCCCCGAGACGCCGCGCUUCACCGUCGACGUCCUCGGUGACGCCGAGCAGGGUGUCCGCAACGCCAACCAGUUCUUGGACGGUACGAAGCACGACGACAACGGCACGGUGCCCAAGCCCAACACGGCCAAGUCGUUCCGCGAAGCGUUCACGUCGUACUUUUGCCAGUGGAAGAACGCCAAGGUGCUCAUCGGUUGCGCGGCUUGUUGGUUCUUCCUCGACAUUGGCUACUACGGCACGUCGCUCAACACGCCGGUGGUGCUUGGCUUCAUCGGCUACGGCAAGCCGACGACCAAGGGCAACCAAAAGAUCUUUGACGAUUUGUGGAACCGCGCUGUCGGUACGGUCUUGAUCAACUUGGCCGGCACGGUGCCCGGCUACUGGUUCACGGUCUUCUUUGUCGAAAAGUGGGGUCGCAAGCCGAUCCAAUACAUGGGUUUCACCAUGCUCACGCUGCUCUUCCUCUCGCUUGCCGUCUUCUUUGACGAUCUCAAGGAGAGCUACAACACCCUCUUCGUUGUCAUCUACUCGUUCGCGCAGUUCUUCUUCAACUUUGGCCCCAACACGACGACGUUCAUCAUCCCUGCCGAAGUGUUCCCGACCGCCGUGCGCUCGACGGGUCACGGUAUCUCGGCCGCCUCGGGCAAGGCUGGUGCGAUCCUUGCAGCGCAGUGCUUUGCAGUUGUCGCCAAGACGUGGGGCUUUGACCGUGUGCUCUACAUCUUCUCGGCGUGCUGCUUUAUGGGUCUUCUCUUCUCGUUCUGGGUGCCGGAGACCAAGGGCCUCACGCUCGAAGAGCUCUCGGGCGAAGACGCCGACUACAACGAGUCCAAGACGCCUUUCCCCAAGGAAGCCGGUAUGUAGA